UAAAUUAGCACAGAUAUCAGAGAAAGACCAAUCCUUUUCCACACGCGUGCGCGCACACAUGUGCACAUUCAAUCCUCCAUCAUCAAUUCAUCAUCUUCUUCUUCUUCUUCUUCUUCUCGUCCUCCUUCUAUUCCCACGAUUUCCAAGAUUGAGCUGAGCCUCCAUAGUUAACACACAACACCCACCCAAUAGACGUACAAUCCUCAGUACUGCUGCUGCUGCUACUACUACUACUACUACUUUACUGCAAAAUGGACAGCUUCUCCUGGCUUCUCUUCGCCGCAACUUCUUCGUUCUUCUUCUUCUUCUUCGCCGCCAUGAUUCUCUGCAAGAGCCGAACAUCAUCGUCAUCAAGAACCAAUAUUACUACUUGCAGAGCUUCUGAGCUUCCUCCGGGCUCUCUCGGCUGGCCUGUUCUCGGCGAAACCAUCGAGUUCGUCUCCUCAGCUUACUCCGACCGCCCCGAGAUCUUCAUGGACAAGCGUCGUCUCAGGUAUGGAAAGGUGUUCAAGUCCCAUUUGUUCGGGAGCCGGACGAUAGUUUCGACGGAUGCGGAGGUGAGCAGGUUCGUUCUGCAGAGCGACGGGAAAGCUUUCGUGCCGUCGUACCCGAAAUCGUUGACGGAGCUGAUGGGGAAGAAGUCGAUUUUGCUCAUCAAUGGCGGCUUGCAGAGGAGAGUUCAUGGCCUCAUUGGGGCCUUCUUCAAGUCCCCUGAUCUCAAAGCUCAGAUCACCACUGACAUGCAGAGCUACGUCCGUCAAUCCAUGGCAACUUGGAGGGAGGAUCAGCCCGUCUACAUCCAAGAUCAAGCCAAAACUAUUGCUUUCCAAGUACUGGUGAAGGCCUUGAUAAGCGUGGAUCCAGGUGAUCAACUGGAGUUUCUAAAGACACAGUUCCAGGAAUUCAUCUCUGGCCUCAUGUCUUUGCCCAUUAAAGUUCCUGGCACUAGACUCCACAGAUCUUUACAGGCAAAGAAGAAAAUGGUGGAGUUCAUACAAGAGAUUAUCCAAGCAAAGAGGGGAAGUGGAGUCCCAGAAGUGGCAAGAGAUGUGGCAGAUGUUUUGCUGAGUGACACAAGUGAGCAGCUAACAGAUGAUUUAGUAUCAGAUAACAUGAUAGAUUUAAUGAUUCCUGGGGAGGACUCAGUCCCAGUUCUCAUGACUCUUGCUGUCAAAUACCUUUCAGAUUGCCCCACUGCUCUCCACCAACUAACAGAGGAGAACCUUAAACUCAAGAGGUUGAAAGACCAGUCUGGAGAGGCAUUGUGUUGGAGUGAUUACUUCUCUCUCUCAUUCACCCAGGCAGUGAUCACAGAGACCCUAAGGCUGGGGAACAUAAUUGUGGGGGUGAUGAGAAAGGCCAUGAAAGAUGUGGAGAUAAAGGGGUAUUUGAUCCCAAAAGGGUGGUGUGUUUUCACUUACUUUAGAUCAGUUCAUCUGGAUGAAAAUCUCUUUGAUUGGCCUCACCAGUUCAAUCCAUGGAGGUGGCAAGACGCAGAAAUUAGUAGCUGUAGCUUCACUCCAUUUGGUGGGGGACAACGGCUGUGCCCUGGCUUUGACUUGGCCAGGCUGGAAGCUUCAAUCUUCAUCCACCAUUUUGUUACUCAAUUCAGGUGGGCUGCUGAGGCUGAUUCAAUUGUCAACUUUCCCACUGUAAGAAUGAAGAAAAGAAUGCCAGUUUGGGUCAAAAGGAGAAGAGAGUCUUGACAAGCUUUUGCCACAAGGCGACAGUUGAAGGGGACAUUGCCCACAAAACUACAGAUCAUAGAAGACAAAUCUGCAAGAAAAGGAAGAAAGAGAUAGAGAGAUAGAGAGAGAGAGAGAGAGAGAGAGAGAGAGAGAUUAACUUACAGAGAAAAGCUUGGUUCCAUCAUCACAGCCUUCCACAUUGCCCCACUUUAUUAGGUAUUAUUAAUUGCACAUAUACACACACACAAUAUAUAUAUAUAUAUAUUCUGCAGGACCCACAAUUUUUUUUCCUCCAAUUUUCAUUAGUUCUUUUAACUCCCACCAAGUGUUUGUAGAAAUGCCACAAAAGGGCCAGUAGGGCUGGGGCUUAUUCUGUUAGGUAAGGUGUAUAGAUUAUUGAUGAUGGGAAUGAGUCCCUCGCAUUAUUAGUUAUGAGCAGCCUUUUGAUCUGCCACUUGCUAAUCUAAUUGCUUGUGUGGCAUAUUCAAUUAAGCUUGCCUAUUACAUUCCUUCAAAAUUUCUAGUGAUUUAGGUGGAUUAGUAGUUUCU